AUGGGUUACUACUUUCAUAUGCAGACGAAUAGGAACCAGAAAUUCCAUUUCUUGAUUGCAAACUAUCCACCAUUCAUACGAAAAAGAGUAAUAACAAGUAACGCGAAAGAGUUUACAUGGUUGUAUUGGUUUCAGAAUGCUUUGAUGUUAAAUUUAAACGAAUCAGGUUUAAUAUUAUUCUUAGCGGAAAUUUUAUGCGGUUUCCUUGUAGAAAUACGAUUUUCUGGAUUUAUUUGGACGCGUGAGUCUCUUCGGUUUUUUGACUCAGGAUUUUGUUCUUUUUUAGGCGGUUCUUCGGCUCUUCAACAAGGAGAUUUUGGCGUUUCUUUCGGUCUUGAAAAGGAGAUUAGUGUGUUUAAUUUUUUUUCGACUUGGGAUUUUGUGCCACCAUUACCACUACUAGCAACAACAGCACAAGCAGUACCACCACCACUGCCACUACUUCUACCACUACUAGCAGAAACAACACAACCACCACCACCAAUAAUAAAUCAAAGAAAAUUCACAAAGACAUUGUAA